AUGGACCACCAAGACAGGAAUGUGGUCACAGAAGACCGGUUGGAAUUUGAACGCAGAAUGGAGAGAAACACAUCGUCUGAGUGCCGAGCAGAGGGCUGGAGGAUCCCAGCGCCUAUCGCCCGCCUGAGCCCACUGGCGCAGCAGGUGAAGGGGCAGCGUUUUUUACAGCUGGCCGUCACAAGCUCGCCAGCCUUCGCUCAGCCCACGGCCAAGAGCCGCGUCGCUCCCACAAUCCGCCCAGCGCUGCGGCCCGCGCUGCGGCCGGCGCUGCGGCCCGCGCUGCGGCCGGCGGCGGUUAAGCCCGCGCUGCCGAUAGGAGCGCCGCCGCCUGCGGAGGGCAAGGGCAACUGUCCUCGGCCGCAACAGCUCCAGUUGCCCAAGGGCAAACCUCCGCUGAGCAGCCAAGGAGAUGCAUGGAGCACCUCUGCUGAUCCGCCGCAGGUCGAGGACAGUUCUGCAGGUGCAUGGACUACGCGUACCGGUGACGCCUUGACGCAGGUUUCAGGACCACCAAUCAGAGGCGUGAAGCGGAAGGUCACUACCCCAGUUGAGUCGGUGUUUAGCCCCGUGAAUUCUGUCAACGGAGAGGCAUGGACGACCUUUUACAGGCCCCACCAAAAGUAGAUGCAAUAGUCGGC